UCCCCGCCUCCCGCUCCCCUUCCGAAACGGGGAGGUGCCGGAGGGCGGCUCCGCCAUCCCCGCCGCCUGCCUUCUUGCCGAGGGAGGGAGGCCUAAGCGCCAUGGACCGCUUCGGCUGGACCAGCGGCCUCCUGGAGAUCCACGAGAACCUGGUGACGCAGCAGCGCGGCGUCCGCCUCUACGACGGCGAGGAGAAGGUAAAGUUUGAUACGGGCAUAUUGCUUCUGAGUACGCACAGAUUGAUCUGGAGAGAUCAGAAAAAUCAUGAAUGUUGUAUGGCUAUUCCUCUUUCCCAAAUUAUCUUCAUUGAAGAACAAGCAGCCGGGAUAGGAAAAAGUGCGAAAAUAGUGGUUCAUCUUCAUCCAGUACCUUCCAACAAGGAGCCUGGCCCUUUCCAGAGUAGUAAAUACUCGUAUAUCAAACUUUCUUUCAAAGAACAUGGACAGAUUGAGUUCUACAGAAGGCUAUCGGAAGAAAUGACUCAGCGGAGGUGGGAGAACAUGCCGGCUUCUCAGACCAUUGAUGUUACCAGAGGCUCGCAGACUGGGAGAAUAAGAGCUGCAGGAAUUGUAGGUAUUGAGAGAAAAUUAGAAGAAAGAAGAAAAGAGAUGGAUAAGAACAUUUCCGAGGCUUUUGAAGACCUCAGCAAGCUAAUGGAAAAGGCUAAGGAAAUGGUGGAACUGUCCAAAUCGAUUGCUAACAAGAUCAAAGAAAAGCAAGGUGACAUCACGGAAGAUGAGACAAUCAGGUUUAAAUCAUACCUGUUGAGCAUGGGCAUAGCUAAUCCAGUCACCAGGGAAACACAUGGAUCCGGAACACAUUUCCAUAUGCAACUGGCAAAGCAAUUAGCUGGCAUUUUGCAGGCACCUUUAGAGGAGCGGGGAGGAAUAAUGUCACUCACAGAGGUUUACUGCUUGGUGAAUCGUGCCCGAGGCUUGGAGCUGCUCUCGCCUGAAGAUCUAGUAAAUGCGUGUAAGAUGUUGGAAGCACUAAAAUUACCUCUCAGGCUGCGUAUAUUUGACAGCGGCGUUAUGGUGAUUGAGCUGCAGUCCCACAAUGAAGAGGAGAUGGUAGCUUCUGCCUUAGAGACAGUCUCUGAAAAAGGAUCUCUUACAGCAGAAGAGUUUGCAAAGCUCGUGGGAAUGUCUGUACUUUUAGCUAAAGAAAGGCUGCUUCUAGCUGAAAAGAUGGGCCAACUUUGCAGAGAUGAUUCUGUAGAAGGCUUGAGAUUCUACCCAAAUUUAUUUCUCACACAGAGUUAAUGAUACGUUGGCUCUGUCUUCCCCUCCGUUCAAAUAUGCUUGCCACAUGUAGGCUGGACCAAAAGAAGCCAAAUGAUCUACCUUAUGAUGGUGCACAAACAUUUCCUGAGGUGGCGGUGGGCCCUAUGUGGAAAGAGGAAGAAAGGGGAACAUAAAAGUGUGCAUAAAUUAUGUUAGGUUACAACUGUGUGCAGGUCGUGUGGGAUAAUUAAUGCAGAGGACUAAUUUGAAACUUUUUUCUUAAGAGGAUAGGUUUGAUACACUAGAAACCUUGUGCUGUUAAAUUACAGAGGAAGGCAGUUAAGUGAUUCAGGAAAGGUGGGGAUGUUAUUGUGACCUACUUGCAAGAGUAGACAGAGCACAAAACGUGCUGUUUGCUUAGUACAUUUCCCCCUAUUCCAUUUUUACUAUGGACUUUGUAUCUACAACUCCAAAGCAAUUAUGUUUUCGGUAGUGUUAGAAGAAGAUCACUGGUGUGAACGUAACACGAUACAGAGCGUGUUUGCCCUUUCCAGUUACUACUGAAUAAUUCAAUUUGAAAGUGCCUACAUUUCAGGGGGGAAAUCUUCCUGGGUAUGUUUGCCUAUAAACUUUCUUCAGAGGAAGGAUUAAUCUGUAUUAUAAAAAACGUAGACACCAGCGUGUUGCUUUGUGCUGAAUGUUAAGACAAUAAGCAUUGUGAACUCAGAUUUCCUUCCUUUCAUUCUUUGAUUCCAAGCUCCAUGAUGUUGCUAUUUUUGUCGUCUUUUGCCUAGCUAUGAGGAAUUCUGAGAGCUUUUCUGCCAGCUGCCUUUUUUAAAUACUCUUUCUUUAAAAAAACAGUCAUUCAUUUGAGCACCAAUUCUCUAUCAGGGUGGAAGUUAUCACUGCGUCGGUGUCUAUAAAAGACAAACCCAUUUUAAUAGGGAGAAUUCCUUAGCGUCAUAUGUGAUGUGUCCUUACACCAUUAUUAUGUUUUACCAAAUACCAGUAAUCCUAUUGGAGUUGUGUGUUUGCUUUGUGUUCUGGAAGAUGUGUCAUUAUAAUGUCUGAUAUGAAUAGAUAUUUUAAGUACAGCUGCAAUAUUUAGUUUAUUAAUUGGCUAGAUUGGCUGAUUAAAAACCUUUUGAUCAACUAAAAA